UUUCCAUGCGAACUGUGCCUGCGGACAAGAUCUUUGCCGUUUCCCACUCUCUCGCUCUCCGGAAAUUCGUGCGGAAGACACUCUACCGGAUAAUCCACCCACGAUAGGUUCUAGUGCGGAUUUUCCCAAGUCCUACCGAUAGAAGUGUCCGUAUGACUAUGAACAGUUAGAAGUUCUUGAGAGUUUGUUGUCUCAUGCGUUCACUUUUCAACAGUUCAGACGGAGCCUUCUUCCAGAUAAUUAGAAUCUACUACUUGUUGUGAAAUGCACAAUAAAGAUAAACUUCAAUAACCUUCCUUCAGGUGGGGACGGACUUCCUUGUGAUGAAAUAUUGAACGCUUUAACACGAUGCUAAAAGGGCAACUGGAGGAACUCUAAUCAUGAUACAUCACGUGAAAAGAGCAAAACGACUGCUACUUCUUUUCCAAAUGCUGGUGAGGAUAAAAGCAGCAGGAAAUGACACCACUGAAGAAAUCUUGUUGGCUGACGAAGUGAAACAGAAUGAAUCAACGAUAAAUCCGGAAAUUGCAACCACUAUAAGUCAGAAUCUGGAUCAAGAAACCACCAUGAAUCUUAUCCGUAAACACAUAGGACGCGGAUUACCGACCCACUUCCAUUUCCCUGAGUCCAGAUGGGGACCUUUCUUCGAGGAAGGAUCCGAUCCGAUGAAUCUCACCGCUAGAGUCGGAUCCACAAUCAUUCUGGACUGCAGAAUUGGCCUGCUUCAAGACAAAACUGUCACCUGGUCACAUCAUAAAGGGGAAUCAUUCCACCUGCUAACCGUAGGAAAAGGCACCUACAGCAACGACGAGCGGAUUACCUUAAGCUUCCGAUACCCCAAUAAUUUUAGGCUGCAAAUUGUUUACGUCACUCGAAGGGACCAAGGAUUAUACGAGUGUCAGGUAGCCACUCACCCGCCAAAAGUGAAAAGGAUUUUCUUGACAGUUAUCGCACCAGAAGUGGUAAUACUUGAUGAAGCUGGGAGAGAAGUGACUGAACGAUACUACAGAGCUGGAAGUCAUCUGGAACUAAUCUGUACUGCGCAGCAGCUUCAGGAUUCAAUAUCCUCCUCCGAACCUCCACUCCUUUGGAAGCAUGACGACAGAGUACUCAGCAAAGGCAUAAGCUAUAAUGUGUCUGCAGCUACAAAUUCGGCCACUUCAACUUUGAUGAUAGCUCCCUUGAAGAAACAGCAUUCUGGUAACUACACAUGCGCUGUUGGAAAUUGGGCUUCUUCUAACCUAGUUGUUCAUGUUCUUAACGGCGAACUUCCCGCUGCUGUGCACUCCGGUGAAGCAGCUUCGAGGAUACUGUGCAAAACAAUAGUUGUACUAGGAUUUUUGUUGACCAUUGGUCAAAGGUGACGGAUAAUUGACUUUCGAAUUCCGACCUGAAAUCACUGAUCGAUCCCAAGAGGUGGCGGAUGAUGUACCCUUAUAUGUGUUGUUAAAAAUUUCAAGGGAAAACGUAUACUUUUCUGCAUUUUGUCUUUGUUAGUUUUCCCUCGAAAUGCGUGUGUUUCAUACAUAUUUCCAUAACAAAGUUGUGAACAUUCUCACGAAAUCAAUGUCUAAAGAUGUUCGAUGUUAAUAUUGAUGAAAAUUUCUCUGGGGUAUUCUAAAUGAACAAAUUCAUCCGUCACUGAUAAAGUACCAACCAUAUCAGGCCAAAAACUACUAGUCUAUUAGAAUAUAAAAACUGAAAACUUGUUACAUAAAAUGUACUUACUUACUCUCAUAUAAGCGUAUAUUACAUAGUUAAGUAGCUAGUUCAUACGUAUUAUCUGAUUUUCACAAUGGUGUUUUUCAUGGACCAGACACUUUGCCAGUGUAUAAAAAGUGUAUAUUUGAAUUAAGGACAAACGCUUCGAAAAUAUGCUGAAUUGAAUACAUUAGUGUAUAUCUAAGAAAGGAAUGAGUAUGU